GGUCGGAGGUGCGGCGGCAGGUGUUAGCCAUACGCAAAACCCGUUUUCAAGUCAAGAGCAAACAAACAAAACGGUUUACAGGCGGCGUCGUCGUCGUUGUUGUCGUCGGUGCCAACUGUAAAAGUGGGCCGCCAGCGAAGAAGCCAGAGCAACAACAACAACAGCGCAGCAGACGUCGUCGCGACGUCAAGCCCGAGCAGCGACUGUGAUUUCACUUUUCAACAGUUGGCGACCGAGCAGCAAGCAGCGAGCAGCGUGUAACGGACGAGAGACGAGGAUUGCCAAAUUGCAGUAAAAACCAUUAAAUUGUGCAAUAGAGAUCGAGCUAGAAAUCGAACAGACAAGAUGCAAAGAGUUGGCGCGCUGAUUAUGCAACAGUUGAUGCGGCACAGGAUGCCGCAAGGCCAGCUGCUGCGCCGCCGCGACCCCACCACACCUGCUGUGCUGCUCUCAACUUUCACCCAGCAGCAGCAGAAACGCGGUACGGCAACGUCAACGGUGAGCAGCAAGCAGGCAACGCCGCCGCCACGCCACGACUGGAAUCGUGCCGUUAGCGAAGCGGAACGCAUUGUCGGCUAUCCCACAUCCUUUCUCAGCCUGCGCUGGCUGCUCAGCGACGAGAUCGCCAAUGUGGCGCUGCAUUUGCGCAAGCUGGUCGGCAGUGCGCAUCCCCUAAUGAAAACAGCCAAGCAUCUGCUGUACAAUGGCAAGAACACGAUGCAGGCGUGGGGUCUGAUCGUCUUGCUGGUUUCCAAGGCGGCGGGACAUGCGCCGAGCAUACCGGAUGUGGAGCAGGAUAAAAGCGCCGGGGUACUCCAUUCGCAGCGCGCCCUCGCCGAGGUCACGGAAAUGAUACGCAUCUCGCAUCUGGUGCACAAUAGCGUGGUCAAUUUGCAGUCGGGCACGCAGGCUGGCCAGGAUGUUAGCACUUAUGAUGACAUGUCGUUUGGCAAUAAGAUUGGCCUGCUCACCGGCGACUAUCUGCUGGGACAUUCCAGCGCCGAGCUAGCGAAUCUGCGCAAUCAGGAGGUGGUCGAGCUGAUCUCGUCGGCAGUGCGUGAUUUUUCCGAAUCCGAGUUCAUUGGCGAACGCGAUGAGCAGAACAAUCCGCUGCCCUUCAAGCCGGGCACAUUCCAGCGUCCCUCGCUCAGCGUGGCCGUUGACUUCAACGAGCACGACGUGAUGACGCCCAUGCCCAUUGGCCAGGUGCUGGGCAAUCCGGAGCAGGAAUGGGAAUGCCGCAAUAUACUCAAUGCGGGCAGCCUGCUGGGCAAGUCCUGUCAGGCCUCACUCAAGCUGGCCGGCCAGAGCGAGCAGAUGCAACGCCAUGCGUAUCGCUUUGGCAAGCAUCUCGCGCUGGCCUGGCAGGCAUGCCUUGACGCGGAAAUCUUUCAGUGUCCCACACUGCCGCUGGAUACGACGUUCAGUCUGGUUAGCGCGCCGGUGCUGUUCCAUCUGGAGCACGAUCCCAGCCUCUAUGCACUGAUCGAGCCGGGCAAAAAGUCCGUGGAACUGAUCGACUACGUUCAAAUACACAAGGCCGUCAUAGCCGGACCGGCGCUGGCCAAGACCAAGGAGCUGCAGUGCAAGCAUACGGCAGCUGCGCUCAGUGUGCUCCAGCAUUUUCCGGCCACGGAUGCACGCCAGGCCCUGGAGAACAUCAUACUGGCCAUGCAGGACUUGUGACGCACAGCGCACAAAAUGACAGC